AUGAGUCAAGGCUUGGCCCUCCUUGCAGUUAACAUAUUAAAAAAAUAUCUGAAAGCAACCCCGCUGGCCAGUACACUGUGCCACAGGCCUCGUGUCAUACCUGUCAUGUCGUCAGCCAGCCGUGACCACGUCCCAUUUGACAGGGUGAAUGUGGGGUGUGGUCCAGCUGAGGAGAGGGUCCUGCUGACAGGCCUGCACGCAGUGGCUGACAUCUACUGCGAGUCUUGUAAGACCACGCUGGGCUGGAAAUAUGAACAUGCUUUUGAGUCGAGCCAGAAGUACAAGGAGGGCAAGUUCAUCAUUGAGCUGGCUCACAUGAUCAAGGACAAUGGCUGGGAGUAG